AUGCAAAAUGACCCCCAAAGUUAUUUUGAGGGUGACCUAUUCAGUACUUUUAAAUGCUUUUGACCUCAUUAACAUCAGCAUUUCCAUAGUAUUGAGUAUUGGGCUUCAAAAAUUAGUAUUAACUCUUGAAGUGUCCUUAAAUUAUUGCUAUUUUUUAAGAAAGCAAGAAAGCAAUCUCCUUUGAUUUUCGUCUUCUAUACCUUCUCUGGUAAUAUAUUCCUUUUUGCAAUCAAGAAAAUAACUUUCAUAGGAUGAAAGGAACACCUAUUGAUACUUUAAGAAUUUAUCAUGCCAUACUUAUUGACACUUUCAGUAGCGAUUUAUGAUAUAAAAUUUGAACAUCUCUUUAAGAAAAGGUAGAUUACAGAACAAACAUCAUAUUACUUGCAUUUUAUCAGGUACAUUAAAUAAAUUUCAUCAUUUUGACAGAAGUGCCAAAAGGGAUUCCCUGUCGAAGAUGUGUUCCUUCGACCCUAUUACUUUUAACUCUUCGUUCUAAUUGUCUAAUCAUGCUACGUCUAUUUUCUGGAAGUUGAAUUAUUGUACGCACAUUCUUAUUCUUAGGCCCUUCCGCAACAAAGUUUUUCUUACCGAGGGUAGUACAAAUUCGUUCUCUACCGGUGUUCCUUAAUCCGCUAUAUGUGCGCUUUAAGACGUCUGCACCACAAUAUCCACAGAAAUGUAUUUAUUGGCUGUGAUUUACCUGUGAUAGCUGUUUCACCCGGUAGUUUUUGAAUAUCCUACGGUUAUCCUACGGUAAUACGGUUCGGAAACUUAUAGUACCGAAAGUUAGCAAUUAUUGGCUCUAUCGAUCACUAUUUUUCUUGAUUUUUCCACUUUCAAAGAAUAGUUUUACAAAUAUUAUGUAUUCUGUAGAGUUAUCUGAUAACAAAAUUCUGUUCGCUAGAACCGGAGAUAUAUCAAUUAUUAUAAGGAAAUGGAAUAUGGGAGGGAAACCACCAAACACAACGAAAACUUGGUUAUUGAUUCAGGGCUUGUGUUGUCGUUCAGGGUCUUAACGUCAUCAAACGCACAAUAUUAAAUCUUCAAGAUUUUUAAUUACUGUUGAUAUAAAAUGGUCAUUAAAAAUUAAGUUGAUCACUUCAUUUUAUCACAAGCAACACUACGAGUAUUCAAAACUAUUAAAAUACAUUUCUAAAAGUUUGAUCUUGGUUGACAGAAUUGAAGUUAUAAAUAAAUCUAAUAUUUGUUCUUCUUCCAUACAAAGUUUUAUAUUGAUCAUCUUCGUCGAUUCAUCAGCAUUUAUUACAUUGUAUCUCCCUUCAUUUUUGUGUAUCUUUCUCUGUCUUAACUAAUUUAUAUUUAUUGUACCUGUUACACGCUGCACGCUCCAUCUGAUUCAACCUCAUGGAUGCUUGCUAAAAUGUAACAAACGAUUCAUCCUCAAACAAUCCAACCUUAAAAUGAUCUAUUUGUCCCACUAUCAAAUGAUUACUUGUCAACGGGUUAAUCAAAAAAAAAAACCUUGCCCCAAAAAAAAACUGUGUUGUUAAACCCUUGUCUCAGAUGAUACGACGACUUCAUCUGUGCAAGAUGAUGCGUCAGUGGACACUGAAAUGUUCCGUGAGGAUCACUUUGGAAGUCUCGAUCCAGUCACAAAACGAAAAGCUGUGUAUUGGGCCUCAGCUGAAGACUUCGAUGCACUUAGUUUGCAGUCAUCUGAAGCAAUGGAUGACAAACGUCCCACACCAUCAGACACAACGGUUCCCUCUUCCAGUGAUAAUCAGCAUCAGAGGAGGCGAUCACAGCAAAAAGCUCAGUUCAAUCUGCGCUUUGAACAACAGGAACCGGCUGGAGAUUCGCAGACGACCAGCAUCGGAACGUCACCAAUCACCAAUUUGGAGGAGUCACCAUGUGAUGUACCCAGGUCGGGGCGUACUGACUCACCCUCCCUGAAAUUAGUGAUUGGCCGUAAAGAGCUGAAGACGAACGACGCAUCUGCAGUUAGCGAAAGUCGCCUGACCCUUUAUGGGACUCAGGAUGUUGAAAUUUCCAUAAGUAGUCAGUCCAGGAUUAGUGUUACUACAACACAUAGCACUAGUACUAGUAGUAGCAGUCGCGGAGAGAGCCGCGAGCACACCACAGCAGGUGAACAGCGUGAUACGCCCAAGAAACAAAGGCGAGAAAAGGUGUUUGAGUCAGAGGAAACCUUUGGGCGUGAUGGUAAGAGGCGGGAGGAAUCUGUGGUGUUCUCUAACAAAAAGAGCAUUCACUUGUACGGGAGCUUCGACUCAAAUAGCGAAUCACCAGCCACUGAUCAUAGCUAUUCACACCAUAUUACAGACACUGGUAUUUCCCUUACACGUGGCACCUUCACUGAAACAGCAACAAGCCCUGGUAUCCAAGCAACAUCAGAUAAUUUGAAUGAGAAAGGUCGUUUGGCACUGGUCACUGACACAGCUCUCGAUGUUGAGGUGGAGGAACUUGAACUUACUGAUGCAGGUUUGAGUCCCAUUCAACCCGAUGAUCAAGAUAUAGUCAAUAUUGGUUUUCAAAUGGCUACAGAAGAAGAUGUUCAUUUCUCUAAUAUGGCUACAAGUCCCGUUGAAUUUGAUGCUUCCAGUUCCGCUGUAGAUACUUCCGAAGCAGGUACCCUUACUGAUCAGGUUGUUUUAAAGGACGCAUCCUCAAGUCCACUUGAUGCAACUACGAGUCUUAGACAAGAUCUGUCCAAACUUAAAGAAGAAGAUAUCCUUAUGACCCGGCGAGGUUCCGGGGAUGUAAAGGCCAAAGUAAAGAUGCUUGAGGAAAGUGUCCUCAAGUCUUCCUUGUCACAGUCUUCGUCCCCAUUGAAAAAGGUUGUUGUCCUUUCCAAAGAGUAUACCCCCAAAUUUGGCCCGUCUGAUGAAAAACUCGAUUCAAGCAAUGAAGAUGAAUCAGCGGUGUCUGAAGAAUCCAUACCCCCAAUUCAUGAGAUGAUUAUGCAAAUUGAAAAGAGAAUUGCUGACGAAGGUUCGAGUCGUCUCGUGACUAUAUCUGAUCCUCGUAGUCCAUUGAAGCGUUCCACAAGAUCCACAAAAGUCCCACAUCCUCGUGAAAGGGAUGAUGAAUCCUUAAUAUUAGAAGAUAUUGAGAAUCAGGUUGUAAAAUCCUCUGAAAUCAGUUUUAGUGAACAGAAAAUCCCUGAACAAGAUGAUCAACGUCGCAUUUCUAAGUUGAUACACGCUCUUGAGAAUAAUCAGAAAUUUGAUGAAAUUGACGCAACAUCUCAAAAUUUACAAGAGAUUCAAGAAGCAGUUUGCGAAGUACAAAUGACUAAGAAAACUAUUUCCCAAUUGACAGAUACUGACGAAGAUGUUGACAUUUUAGAAAAACCAAUCGAACUAUCUAAACCCGACACAGAAAAGAAACAUGUUUAUUUCUCUGAAUCUGUACAUGACACUAAGGAGGAUAAAUCCGAAAGGAGAUCGUCAAAAACCGAUACAUUCCAUUCCACUUUUAAGACCAUAGAAUUUGCAUCCAAUACCCUUGCAGUUGUUGAUAUCCAAAAUAUUGUAAAGACCAUGGAAUCUCGCGAUGCUCGAGAUGAAAUGGAAAAAGUUCGUUCUGUAGAGAAGGUUCAAACCCAAGUCACGGAAACAACAGACCUUACCCCAAUACAAAAACUUUCGUCACAAAUUGAAAAAUCCGAAAUUACUGAAAAAACCAAACAUACAGAAUCCUUUGAGAAUCAGCAAAUAGUGAAAACUACGGCCACAUCUGUCAAAGAAUCUACUACAGAAACUGCCACACUUGUUGGGCAUUUAUCUGAGCAGUCACAAAAAGCGCCCCUAUCCACACCAGAAGCGCAAGAAGAAAUUCAAGAAACAACAAAAGACGAACAUAUUGAGGAAAUUUCAGAAUUAAAAGAAGAAGCUUUCGAUAUUGUUACCCAGAAAACCACAGAUAGAAUAACACACGAAGAAAUAGUUAUAAUGAAAGACGUAACAGACAAAGUAAAAGUCUCGCUUCAAAAGACCGAAAGUCCACCGGAAAUUAAAGACUCACAAACAAUUCUAAAACAUGACCCUAAAGUCUUUCUUGCCAAACAAGAUCAAACUUAUGAAAAAUCACAAAUUGAUGACAAAGAACAACCUAAACUCGGAGAGAUUAUGGUCAGCCCAAUGGAGAAGGAGAGCCCGAAAAAACCUGAAGUCUCUCCUAAAGUCGAAGAGGUCGUGGUGAAAGAGACCAUUCAUGAAAUUGUUAAGAAAGAAAUUACCACUGCUCCAAAAACCGAGGACAAAUCUCCUGAAAUUCCAAAACCUGAAGACACUGUUCCUAAAGCUGUCAGCCCAAUGGAGAAGGAGAGCCCGAAAGAACCUGAAGUCUCUCCUAAAGUCGAAGAGGUCGUGGUGAAAGAGACCAUUCAUGAAAUUGUUGAGAAAGAAAUUCCCACUGCUCCAAAAACCGAGGAUAAAUCUCCUGAAAUCCCAAAACCUGACGACAGUGUUCCUAAAGCUGUCAGCCCAAUGGAGAAGGAGAGCCCGAAAAAACCUGAAGUCUCUCCUAAAGUCGAAGAGGUCGUGGUGAAAGAGACCAUUCAUGAAAUUGUUCAAAAAGAAAUUUCCUCUGCUACAAAGAUCGAGGACAAAUCUCCUGAAAUUCCAAAACCUGACGACAGUGUUCCUAAAGCUGUCAACCCAAUGGAGAAGGAGAGCCCGAAAGAACCUGAAGUCUCUCCUAAAGUCGAAGAGGUCGUGGUGAAAGAGACCAUUCAUGAAAUUGUUGAGAAAGAAAUUCCCACUGCUCCAAAAACCGAGGACAAAUCUCCUGAAAUUCCAAAACCUGACGACACUGUUCCUAGAGCUGUCAGCCCAAUGGAGAAGGAGAGCCCGAAAGAACUUGAAGUUUCUCCUAAAGUCGAAGAGGUCGUGGUGAAGGAGACCAUUCAUGAAAUUGUUAAGAAAGAAAUUCCCACUGCUCCAAAGACCCAGGACAAAUCUCCUGAAAUUCCAAAACCUGACGACAGUGUUCCUAAAGCUCUCAGCCCAAUGGAGAAGGAGAGCCCGAAAAAACCUGAAGUCUCUCCUAAAGUCGAAGAGGUCGUGGUGAAAGAGACCAUUCAUGAAAUUGUUCAAAAAGAAAUUUCCUCUGCUACAAAGAUCGAGGACAAAUCUCCUGAAAUUCCAAAACCUGACGACAGUGUUCCUAAAGCUGUCAGCCCAAUGGAGAAGGAGAGCCCGAAAGAACCUGAAGUCUCUCCUAAAGUCGAAGAGGUCGUGGUGAAAGAGACCAUUCAUGAAAUUGUUGAGAAAGAAAUUCCCACUGCUCCAAAAACCGAGGACAAAUCUCCUGAAAUUCCAAAACCUGACGACACUGUUCCUAGAGCUGUCAGCCCAAUGGAGAAGGAGACCCCUAAAGAACUUGACGUUUCUCCUAAAGUCGAAGAGGUCGUGGUGAAGGAGACCAUUCAUGAAAUUGUUAAGAAAGAAAUUCCCACUGCUCCAAAGACCCAGGACAAAUCUCCUGAAAUUCCAAAACCUGACGACAGUGUUCCUAAAGCUCUCAGCCCAAUGGAGAAGGAGAGCCCGAAAAAACCUGAAGUCUCUCCUAAAGUCGAAGAGGUCGUGGUGAAAGAGACCAUUCAUGAAAUUGUUCAAAAAGAAAUUUCCUCUGCUACAAAGAUCGAGGACAAAUCUCCUGAAAUUCCAAAACCUGACGACACUGUUCCUAAAGCUGUCAGCCCAAUGGAGAAGGAGAGCCCGAAAGAACCUGAAGUCUCUCCUAAAGUCGAAGAGGUCGUGGUGAAGGAGACCAUUCAUGAAAUUGUUCAGAAAGAAAUUUCCUCUGCCACAAAGAUCGAGGACAAAUCUCCUGAAAUUCCAAAACCUGACGACACUGUUCCUAAAGCUGUCAGCCUAAUGGAGAAGGAGAGCCCGAAAGAACCUGAAGUCUCUCCUAAAGUCGAAGAGGUCGUGGUGAAGGAGACCAUUCAUGAAAUUGUUCAGAAAGAAAUUUUUUCUGCUCCAAAGAUCGAGGACAAAUCUCCUGAAAUUCCAAAACCUGAAGACACUGUUCCUAAAGCCGUCAGCCCAAUGGAGAAGGAGAGCCCGAAAGAACCUGAAGUCUCUCCUAAAGUCGAAGAGGUCGUGGUGAAGGAGACCAUUCAUGAAAUUGUUCAGAAAGAAAUUUCCUCUGCUCCAAAGAUCGAGGACAAAUCUCCUGAAAUUCCAAAACCUGAAGACACUGUUCCUAAAGCUGUCAGCCCAAUGGAGAAGGAGAGCCCGAAAGAACCUGAAGUCUCUCCUAAAAUCGAAGAAGUCGUGGUGAAGGAGACCAUUCAUGAAAUUGUUCAGAAAGAAAUUUCCUCUGCUACAAAGAUCGAGGACAAAUCUCCUGAAAUUCCAAAACCUGACGACACUGUUCCUAAAGCUGUCAGCCCAAUGGAGAAGGAGAGCCCGAAAGAACCUGAAGUCUCUCCUAAAGUCGAAGAGGUCGUGGUCAAGGAGACCAUUCAUGAAAUUAUUCGGAAAGAAAUUUCCUCUGCUCCAAAGAUCGAGGACAAAUCUCCUGAAAUUCCAAAACCUGAAGACACUGUUCCUAAAGCUGUCAGCCCAAUGGAGAAGGAGAGCCCGAAAGAACCUGAAGUCUCUCCUAAAGUCGAAGAGGUCGUGGUGAAGGAGACCAUUCAUGAAAUUGUUCAGAAAGAAAUUUCCUCUGCUCCAAAGAUCGAGGACAAAUCUCCUGAAAUUCCAAAACCUGACGACACUGUUCCUAAAGCCGUCAGCCCAAUGGAGAAGGAGAGCCCGAAAGAACCUGAAGUCUCUCCUAAAGUCGAAGAGGUCGUGGUGAAGGAGACCAUUCAUGAAAUUGUUCAGAAAGAAAUUUCCUCUGCUCCAAAGAUCGAGGACAAAUCUCCUGAAAUUCCAAAACCUGAAGACACUGUUCCUAAAGCUGUCAGCCCAAUGGAGAAGGAGAGCCCGAAAGAACCUGAAGUCUCUCCUAAAGUCGAAGAGGUCGUGGUGAAGGAGACCAUUCAUGAAAUUGUUCAGAAAGAAAUUUCCUCUGCUCCAAAGAUCGAGGACAAAUCUCCUGAAAUUCCAAAACCUGAAGACACUGUUCCUAAAGCUGUCAGCCCAAUGGAGAAGGAGAGCCCGAAAGAACCUGAAGUCUCUCCUAAAAUCGAAGAAGUCGUGGUGAAGGAGACCAUUCAUGAAAUUGUUCAGAAAGAAAUUUCCUCUGCUACAAAGAUCGAGGACAAAUCUCCUGAAAUUCCAAAACCUGACGACACUGUUCCUAAAGCCGUCAGCCCAAUGGAGAAGGAGAGCCCGAAAGAACCUGAAGUCUCUCCUAAAGUCGAAGAGGUCGUGGUGAAGGAGACCAUUCAUGAAAUUGUUCAGAAAGAAAUUUCCUCUGCUCCAAAGAUCGAGGACAAAUCUCCUGAAAUUCCAAAACCUGAAGACACUGUUCCUAAAGCUGUCAGCCCAAUGGAGAAGGAGAGCCCGAAAGAACCUGAAGUCUCUCCUAAAGUCGAAGAGGUCGUGGUGAAGGAGACCAUUCAUGAAAUUGUUCAGAAAGAAAUUUCCUCUGCUCCAAAGAUCGAGGACAAAUCUCCUGAAAUUCCAAAACCUGAAGACACUGUUCCUAAAGCUGUCAGCCCAAUGGAGAAGGAGAGCCCGAAAGAACCUGAAGUCUCUCCUAAAGUCGAAGAGGUCGUGGUGAAGGAGACCAUUCAUGAAAUUGUUCAGAAAGAAAUUCCCACUGCUCCAAAAACCGAGGACAAAUCUCCUGAAAUUCCAAAACCUGACGACAGUGUUCCUAAAGCUGUCAGCCCAAUGGAGAAGGAGAGCCCGAAAGAACCUGAAGUCUCUCCUAAAGUCGAAGAGGUCGUGGUCAAGGAGACCAUUCAUGAAAUUAUUCGGAAAGAAAUUUCCUCUGCUCCAGAGAUCGAGGACAAAUCUCCUGAAAUUCCAAAACCUGACGACACUGUUCCUAAAGCUGUCAGCCCAAUGGAGAAGGAGAGCCCGAAAGAACCUGAAGUCUCUCCUAAAGUCGAAGAGGUCGUGGUGAAGGAGACCAUUCAUGAAAUUGUUCAGAAAGAAAUUCCCACUGCUCCAAAAACCGAGGACAAAUCUCCUGAAAUUCCAAAACCUGACGACAGUGUUCCUAAAGCUGUCAGCCCAAUGGAGAAGGAGAGCCCGAAAGAACCUGAAGUCUCUCCUAAAGUCGAAGAGGUCGUGGGCAAGGAGACCAUUCAUGAAAUUAUUCAGAAAGAAAUUUCCUCUGCUCCAAAGAUCGAGGACAAAUCUCCUGAAAUUCAAAAACCUGACGACACUGUUCCUAAAGCUGUCAGCCCAAUGGAGAAGGAGAGCCCGAAAGAACUUGAAGUUUCUCCUAAAGUCGAAGAGGUCGUGGUGAAGGAGACCAUUCAUGAAAUUGUUCAGAAAGAAAUUUUUUCUGCUCCAAAGAUCGAGGACAAAUCUCCUGAAAUUCCAAAACCUGAAGACACUGUUCCUAAAGCUGUCAGCCCAAUGGAGAAGGAGAGCCCGAAAGAACCUGAAGUCUCUCCUAAAGUCGAAGAGGUCGUGGUGAAGGAGACCAUUCAUGAAAUUGUUCAGAAAGAAAUUCCCACUGCUCCAAAAACCGAGGACAAAUCUCCUGAAAUUCCAAAACCUGACGACAGUGUUCCUAAAGCUGUCAGCCCAAUGGACAAGGAGAGCCCGAAAGAACCUGAAGUCUCUCCUAAAGUCGAAGAGGUCGUGGGCAAGGAGACCAUUCAUGAAAUUAUUCAGAAAGAAAUUUCCUCUGCUCCAAAGAUCGAGGACAAAUCUCCUGAAAUUCAAAAACCUGACGACACUGUUCCUAAAGCUGUCAGCCCAAUGGAGAAGGAGAGCCCGAAAGAACUUGAAGUUUCUCCUAAAGUCGAAGAGGUCGUGGUGAAGGAGACCAUUCAUGAAAUUGUUCAGAAAGAAAUUUUUUCUGCUCCAAAGAUCGAGGACAAAUCUCCUGAAAUUCAAAAACCUGACGACACUGUUCCUAAAGCUGUCAGCCCAAUGGAGAAGGAGAGCCCGAAAGAACCUGAAGUCUCUCCUAAAGUCGAAGAAGUCGUGGUGAAGGAGACCAUUCAUGAAAUUGUUCAGAAAGAAAUUCCCACUGCUCCAAAAACCGAGGACAAAUCUCCUGAAAUUCCAAAACCUGACGACACUGUUCCUAAAGCUGUCAGCCCAAUGGAGAAGGAGAGCCCGAAAGAACUUGAAGUUUCUCCUAAAGUCGAAGAGGUCGUGGUGAAGGAGACCAUUCAUGAAAUUGUUAAGAAAGAAAUUCCCACUGCUCCAAAAACCGAGGACAAAUCUCCUGAAAUUCCAAAACCUGACGACAGUGUUCCUAAAGCUGUCAGCCCAAUGGAGAAGGAGAGCCCGAAAGAACCUGAAGUCUCUCCUAAAGUCGAAGAAGUCGUGGUGAAGGAGACCAUUCAUGAAAUUGUUCAGAAAGAAAUUCCCACUGCUCCAAAAACCGAGGACAAAUCUCCUGAAAUUCCAAAACCUGACGACAGUGUUCCUAAAGCUGUCAGCCCAAUGGAGAAGGAGAGCCCGAAAGAACCUGAAGUCUCUCCUAAAGUCGAAGAGGUCGUGGUGAAGGAGACCAUUCAUGAAAUUAUUCAGAAAGAAAUUUCCUCUGCUCCAAAGAUCGAGGACAAAUCUCCUGAAAUUCCAAAUCGAGGAGGUCGUGGUGAAGGAGACAAUUCAUGA